GUGGGCUCACGUGUGGUCUCACUGGACCGGUGGGCUCACAUGUGGUCUCACUGGGCCAGUGGGCUCCCAGGCAGUGUCACUGGGGCGGGUGGGCUCACAUGCAGUGUCACUGGGCCAGCGGGCUCGUGUGUGGUCUCACUGGGCCGGUGGGCUCCUGGAGAGCUGCUGGCCUAGCGCGUCGGGGUCUUGCUGCGGCUCCGCGCGGCUCCCGUCGUUCCCGGUUGUCGGGGAAUGGAAAAGCCUCGUCCCCUGCGUCCUUGGGGAGGUGACGGGGUUUGGCACGGGGCUCCUUGGCCUCUGCCAGGGCCGGCUCGAAGCCCUGCUCGUGCCGGGUGCCGAGAGCUGCCUCCGUCCCUGGGGCGGGCAGAGCUCCUUCCCCAGCUUUCUCCGUCUCCCUGGCCGUGUGUGUCGUGUCCCCCCCCCCCGGCCCCCCAGCGCGGUGGAGUUUGUCCCCGUCUCGGGAGAUGCCACCUUUGUCUGUCGGCGUCUCCCUUUUACCAUUUUCCUCCCGCCGGGGAAGCAGCCGGAGGCCGAAGCUGGCGGGUUCGGGGCGAAACCCACGGCUCCUGGCCGCUGCGGGGACCCUUGGGAGCCGGAGAGCUGAGGGGGUCGGCUAAAUGGGUGACUGAGGCACUGCGCCUCCGGCCGUGGAAGCAUGUCGGGGCCAGUGCCGAGUCGGGCCAGGGUCUAUGCGGACGUGAACACUCAGAGACCCCGCGAGUACUGGGACUACGAGUCGCACGUCGUGGAAUGGGGCAACCAAGACGACUAUCAGCUCGUGCGGAAACUCGGCCGGGGCAAAUACAGUGAAGUCUUCGAAGCCAUCAACAUCACCAACAACGAGAAAGUGGUGGUGAAAAUCCUCAAGCCUGUGAAAAAGAAGAAGAUCAAGCGGGAGAUUAAAAUCCUGGAGAAUCUCCGAGGAGGCCCCAAUAUCAUCAGCCUGCUGGACAUAGUGAAAGACCCUGUGUCUCGGACGCCUGCCCUGGUCUUCGAGCACGUCAACAACACAGACUUCAAGCAAUUGUACCAGACGCUCUCGGAUUUUGACAUACGGUUCUACAUGUAUGAAAUCCUAAAGGCGCUGGACUACUGUCACAGUAUGGGUGUCAUGCAUCGAGACGUCAAGCCACACAACGUCAUGAUUGACCAUGAGCACAGAAAGCUGCGCCUCAUCGACUGGGGGUUGGCGGAGUUCUACCACCCCGGCCAGGAGUACAACGUGCGGGUGGCCUCCCGGUACUUCAAGGGACCGGAGCUCCUGGUAGAUUAUCAGAUGUACGACUACAGCUUAGACAUGUGGAGUCUAGGCUGCAUGCUGGCCAGCAUGAUCUUCCGGAAAGAGCCCUUCUUCCACGGUCACGACAACUACGACCAGCUCGUGCGUAUCGCCAAGGUGCUGGGGACGGAGGACCUGUACGACUACAUCGACAAGUACAACAUCGAGCUCGAUCCCCGCUUCAACGACAUCCUCGGCAGACACUCGCGGAAGCGAUGGGAGCGCUUCGUGCACAGCGAGAACCAGCACCUCGUCAGCACCGAGGCCCUCGAUUUCUUGGACAAGCUGCUGCGCUACGACCACCAGACGCGACUCACUGCCCGGGACGCCAUGGAGCACCCUUAUUUCUAUCCCAUAGCGAAAGACCCGGCAAGGAUCGGCACCUCGGCCGGGCUCGCGGCCACCAACACCCCUGUCAGCUCCUCCAGUAUGUUGGCAGGUAUUACCUCGCUGGCGGCGUCGCAGCCCAUGGGCGGCCUGGCCGCGUCGCCCGUCAUCUCCUCUCCCAACGCUUUGGGUUCGCCGGUCCCCGCCGCCGCGGGCGCCCAACCCUGAAACUCGCCUCUCGGCCGCCCGGCUCGACGGAGGCCGCCGCCGUCACCGCCACACCGCCAUCGCCGCCGCCGCCGCCGCGCCUGCCUUGGGCCCCCGCUGCCCCCCGUCGUCCCCUCCGCAGCCACGAGCUCCAGCCGCCCCGGCCCGCGGGCAGAAACCGGGU